UUAGCCCCCCAGCUAGCGAAACAGACGCACUGUAUGUGUUCUCUCUCUUAUUCACUAACAUUUGCCUUUUUCUGUUUCAAUUAGGCUAAAGAGGCUGAAAUAUCAGAUUUUCGACACAAAACCGUGGUCGCUAUUGUGACAGCACUGACAGAAAUGUAACGUUUGCUGCUUUUGUUGUGUAUGCUGAGAAAGGUAGCAAUGGACCGCCACAGAUCCCACAAUCACAACUCCAGCUACCAUAACCGCCAGUCACCAUACAAAAGAGAGGGAGAUAACAGUGGAAGGUAUCAUAGUGAGAAUCAACACUUCAGACCAAGCCACCACUACCACCAGCAGUAUCAGUCUGGACCAACCCCCGGGCAGAACCCACCCAGCUCUGGGAGUUUGAGCACCAGAAGGGAGCUUUAUGAAAGAGACUUUCCUGUGUACAAGCAGCCCGUUGAGGUCGGGUGUUUCUCCCUGGACUCUGAGCGCAGAUUCUUCAAUGACAGCAGGCAGAUGAGAUACUAUGCGGAGCCUGACAGAAACCCUAACUUUGACCUGAGGGAUGGAUACAAAGACCGCUUUAUAAAGAGGGACGACAGUGUGAAGGAGAAGCUGGACCACCUCCUGCGCUGGAUCUCGGUCAACAGAGCUAAGCUCAGGUCAAAGGCGACCACGGCCUCGUCAUGUGUUUUGGACGUCGACUUUGUGACGUGGCGCGGCCAUCUGACCAAGCUGCUGACCACUCCCUAUGAGACGCGGGAGGGCUGGUUGCUGGCGGUCACCAGGUUCAGGGGCACACUUUACAUCAGUGAGGUGGAAACAGAAGCUGCUCGUAGGGAGAGAGAGAACCGCACAGAGAGGCAUGAAGAGAUGAUGUACUGGGGAUACAAAUUCGAGCAAUACACAUGUGCAGAUACCGUCCACAGUUCACCUGACCCAGGUGGAGUGGUUAACACUAACGAGGCCUUCUGCACUGUGGUGCAAACUCGGCUCGCAGAUCACAGACUUCUGUUCUCUGGUGAGGUGGACUGCCGGGAUAAAGAUCCCAACGCUCCGGCUCCGCCUGCCUGCUACGUCGAGCUGAAGACCUCCGCAGAGAUCUGCACCCCCAAGCAGCGCAGCAACUUCCACAGGUUCAAACUGCUCAAAUGGUGGGCGCAGUCUUUUCUCCCUGGAGUCCCUCGCGUUGUGGCAGGUUUUCGGGAUCAUGACGGAAUGGUUGUCACAGUGGAGACCUUUCCCAUCUCCAAGAUUUCACAUCUUAUCAAGAAUGAACACAACUGCUGGAAGCCAACAGUCUGUAUGAACUUCUGCUGUGAUUUCCUUUCUUUUGUGAAGCGAGUAGCCACUGAAGACAAUCCAAGUGUGGUGUACCUGUUCUCCUGUGAGCCCCACAGAGAUGUGACCUACUCCAUCCACAGGGACUCCCAGUAUUCCUUCCUGCCUCACUGGUAUGUGGAGGAGAUAAGCAGAAGUCAGGACUCACACCAUCAGUUCUGAUUUACAAACAAGACACAGUCAACUGGGACUGUUAAUUCUGACCUGCAGUCAAGGAGUGGUGUGUAUACAGUUGUAUUCCUCCUCUCAGAGUGGCUGUGUGGGUUCAGGUUGUGUCCCUGUUCACUGCUACAUGAGCCUCUGGAGGUAUGUUUAUUUUUUAUUUGUCAGAACUGAGCCACGUUCUUUCCAUUUUGUACAUGCAUGUGGUGAUUUGAAAUAAACAGUUAUUAAUGAUGUCAACAAUGAUGUCAACAGUUUCU